UUUGUUGGACAAUGAAGAAAGGAUUGCACCCACAGAUGCAAUGGAUCUCUUAUGUAACACAGAGUGGUAGAUUGAUGCACGUGAUGAUGACAAGAAUCCACCAUGUUGGCAAAGUCUAUCACUUUGGAGCUAAGCGUCAAAUGGCUCAAAGCAUUGGUCAGAUUGCCAAGUUCAAGCGUAGGUUUAACGAGCAAGAGGCAGAAGCAGCCGAAGAGAACAACCACGAGAAUCAGAAGAAGUAGCUGUAGUCCCAACUCUUUUAUUCCCUUCCCUUACCUUUCUUCAAAAACCAAUGCGAACAAGCUUUUAGACUAUAUUCAUUUACUUUUAGUCAACUAUUGAAUCUUGUUUUGCUUCAAGUGAUUCAUUUUCACUGUUCUGAACUCUCUCUCUUUCGUCAAUAAAGAACCUAUCUUGUUCCCUU